ACGCGUAAAAGUUUCGAAAAAUUCAGAGGAUGGAGAUUUAGGACGAUUCCGAAUUCUCCAUGGCAGCGAGGGCUGUCGCGGCCGCAGUGUUCGCUCUCGUGCUACGUGAGCUGCUCUGGUCCACGGCGGCGGAACAUGCCGACGGGGCCAGUGCUCCGCGGCGGUCGCUCCACCAGCCCUUCUUCCCCAUCCAGUGGUCCCCGCCGCCACCGGCGUCCGGGGGCGCCACCGUGCCACCACCUCCAGCCGCGGCCGCGGCCGCGUCCACGUCGAGCUCGGGCCGGUCCGCGCCCAGCGUCACCAACAUCAUCGCGAUCGCGCUCACGGGCGGCCUCGUCGCGCUGGCGGUGCUGUCCUACUCCUGCGUCCUCCUCUGGCGCCGCGUCGCCGACAACGCGGACGACGACGACGAGCGCGCCACCGCCACGGCGAAGGCCGUCCCCGCGCGGGUCCCGAGCGACGCCGGGAGCAGCUCCCGGCGCCACCGCUCGCCGCCGCCCAGCUCCACGGCGUCCGACGCCAUCUACCUCGACCCGCUCACGUCCGCGAUGGAGGUGCGCCAGCACCGGUCCAGCCCCGACCUCCGCCCGCUCCAGCUGACGGCGCCGACGCUGGCCAGCCCCGACCUCCGCCCGCUGCCGCCGCUCAAGCGCGCGGGCGCAGCGCAGGCCCCGCCGCCGCCCGCGGCCACCCCGCCUUUGACCGGCACAACGGAGUACUCCUCCUCCGACGAGGACCACGCCACGUUCUACACCGCCCGGAAGACCGCCAUGUCCUCCUUCAGCCGGAGCACCAGCCAGCGCAGCACCCUCGAGACAGCGCCGCCGCCCCCCGCGCCACUGCCCGUGUCCGUGGCACCGCCGCCGCCGCCUGUCCCCGCGGCGCCACAACCGCGCGCGAACCACCCACGGCCUCCUCGCCCGCCUGCGCCGCCGCCGUUGCCGAGGCAGAGACUGCUGCGGCCGAUGCCCGCCGAGUCGCCGCCUCCCGCCGCUCUGGCCAAUUUAUCUUUUACAAGCCCGCCUGACACCUCCUCUGUCCUAGACAGGGGAGCAGAGAAUUCCGACGUCCAACGCGGGAGCACGCAGCCGCCGAGCCUGAAGCCGCUGCACUGGGACAAGCUCCGGGCCAUCUCCGGCCGCACCACCGUCUGGGACCAGGUCAAGAACUCCGACUCCUUCCGCGUGGACGAGGCGGCGAUGGAGAGCCUGUUCCCGAGAAACGGCGCCGCCACCGCCCCGGCCGCCGCGGGGAGUUCCGAUCAGGGGGCACCGACAAGAGGCCCCUGGAAGCAGCAGCAGAGCCGGCUGCUCGACCCCAAGAGGCUGCAGAACGUGGCGAUCAUGCUCAAGGCGCUCAAUGUCACCGCGGACGAGGUGAUCGCAGCACUCGUGCACGGAAACCUAGAGGAUAAGCCUGAGUUCUAUGAAACACUAGCUAAGAUGGCACCAACAAAAGAAGAAGAGUUGAAGCUAAAACGUUAUAGUGGUGACUUAUCAAAAAUUGAUCCUGCCGAGCGCUUUCUGAAAAGUGUACUUGAUAUUCCUUUUGCCUUCAAGAGAGUGGAUGCAAUGCUUUACAGAGCAAACUUUGACACUGAAGUGAAUUAUUUAAAGAAAUCUUUUGGAACUUUGGAGGCAGCUUGUUCAGACUUAAGAAGCAGCAAUCUAUUUUUGAAGUUGCUGGAUACUGUUCUCAAGACUGGGAACCACAUGAAUGACGGUACUAAUCGGGGCAAGGCAAGUGCCAUCAAACUUGAUUCUCUUCUAAAGCUCGCAGAUGUCAAGUCAGCAGAUGGUAAAACAACAUUGCUCCAUUUCGUCGUUCAAGAGAUCAUCCGUUCAGAAGGCUUCGAUUCUGAUCAAACAGCAACAGAUCCUGGCAGUGCUAGCAAAGAACAGUUCAAGAAGGAUGGCCUGAAAGUAUAUGCAGGGCUGAGUGUUCAGCUUUCAAAUGUGAAAAAGGCAGCCACAUUGGAGAUGGACACGUUGAGUGGUAGUGUCUUGAGACUCACAACCGACCUCGAGAAGGUAAAACUUGUCUUGCAACUUAAGGAGACAUGCCCCGAUCAAGGCUCAAGUGCGAAGUUCUUCGAGACAAUGGAUACGUUUCUCAGAAGAGCACAAAUAGAGAUCGAGAGCAUGAAAGUAGCAGAGAGGAGCGCACUGCAGCGCGUAAAGGAGACCACACAGUACUUCCACGGUGAUGCCACCAUAGAGGAACCUCACCCUUUGAGGGUAUUCAUGGUGGUGAGUGAAUUCCUCUUGAUCUUGGACCGUGUGUGCAGGGACGUCGGCAGAACACCGGAGAGGGUGAUGAUGGGUUCCGGUAAGUCAUUCCGUGUCACGGCUGGCACGUCAGUGCCGCCACGGCGGUAUGAACCGCGAAGAGAGCUUAGCUCCUCAGACGAGGACAGUUCGUCUUCGUAGAGUAACAUAGAGAACCUCUUUUUGGAUGCACAGAUAGUAGUUUAGCUCUGAGGGAAAUGAUUCUUGGAGGGUUUAUCAUGUGUAAUCAUCACUCUCAAAACUCAGAAGAGGACAUUACUGUGUAAUAUGCUAGAUGUCUACAAAGGUUAAAAAGAUAGCUGUACAAAGACAAAAAGAAAUCUUGUCUCUGUGGUAUACUGGAAAUGGGGAAAUUGUUCAGCUCGCAAUAUUAUGAUA